AUGACACAUAUUACCCAGAUCGUCAAAGUGCUCAAAGAGCUGUCCAAGAGGAUUGGUAAGGUCAAGAAACCCACACAGACGCCCACCAAGGCUCUCAAGAAACCCACACAAACGCCCACCAAGGCUCUCAAGAAACCCACACAGACAACCACCAAGGCUCUCAAGAAACCCACACAGAAGCCCACCAAGGCUCUCAAGAAACCCACACAGACGCCCACCAAGGCUCUCAAGAAACCCACACAGACGCCCACCAAGGCUUUCAAGAAACCCACACAGACGCCCACCAAGGCUCUCAAGAAACCCACACAGACGCCCACCAAGGCUCUCAAGAAACCCACACAGAAGCCCACCAAGGCUCUCAAGAAACCCACACAGAAGCCCACCAAGGCUCUCAAGAAACCCACACAGACGCCCACCAAGGCUCUCAAGAAACCCACACAGACGCCCACCAAGGCUCUCAAGAAACCCACACAGACGCCCACCAAGGCUCUCAAGAAACCCACACAGACGCCCACCAAGGCUUUCAAGAAACCCACACAGACGCCCACCAAGGCUCUCAAGAAACCCACACAGAAGCCCACCAAGGCUCUCAAGAAACCCACACAGACGCCCACCAAGGCUCUCAAGAAACCCACACAGACGCCCACCAAGGCUCUCAAGAAACCCACACAGACGCCCACCAAGGCUUUCAAGAAACCCACACAGACGCCCACCAAGGCUCUCAAGAAACCCACACAGAUGCCCACCAAGGCUCUCAAGAAACCCACACAGAAGCCCACCAAGGCUCUCAAGAAACCCACACAGAAGCCCACCAAGGCUCUCAAGAAACCCACACAGACGCCCACCAAGGCUUUCAAGAAACCCACACAGACGCCCACCAAGGCUCUCAAGAAACCCACACAGACGCCCACCAAGGCUCUCAAGAAACCCACACAGACGCCCACCAAGGCUCUCAAGAAACCCACACAGAAGCCCACCAAGGCUCUCAAGAAACCCACACAGACGCCCACCAAGGCUUUCAAGAAACCCACACAGAAGCCCACCAAGGCUCUCAAGAAACCCACACAGAAGCCCACCAAGGCUCUCAAGAAACCCACACAGAAGCCCACCAAGGCUCUCAAGAAACCCACACAGACGCCCACCAAGGCUCUCAAGAAACCCACACAGACGCCCACCAAGGCUCUCGAGAUGGACAGAGAGAUGAAUAUGCUUGAUUAUGAUGUAAAUGAGCUGAAUGCCCUAAACAACGUGGCUCCCAGCACGUUGGCCGCAAUUUUAGGUCUGAUUUCCGCAGAGGAUAAGCACUAUAUCUCUUCCGAUGACGAGGAGGAAAUGGAAAUCGCCGUGAAUUCAACAAGAAAUUGA